GCCGCCAGUCGUUAGUGACCGUGGCACGUGACAGCUUGGCGAGUGGGAACAGGCGAGCAGGGGCGUCUUGCUGCCUACCGGCUUUCCGUAGAGAGGGGUUCGCUGUUCGGAGCGGAGAGGCUUAUCAUCUCCGUAGUGAAGGGGCCAGGAGCAAUUCUCAUGCAAGACCGAUUCGACGAGCAGACGCCGAAGGAGAAUGGAUAUGGAUAUGGAAUGGAGACUGAUUAUAAUUCCAUGGAUGAAUCCAAUAACAGUGAGACUGAGAACCAGUCUGAAUUCAAGGAUUUUGAAGAUGUGAAGGACAUGAGAAUAGAAGCAGAAGCUGUUGUGAAUGAUGUUUUGUUUGCUGUGAGCAACAUGUUUGUCUCUAAAAGUCUCCCAUGUGUUGAAGAUGUAGCAUACAUCAAUGUGGAAACUAGGGAAAAGAACAGAUAUUGCCUGGAGCUAACAGAAGCAGGACUCAGGGUGGUUGCUUAUGAUUUUGACCACGUGGAUGACAGUUUACAGAAUCCCUACCAUGAGACUGUCUACUCUUUGUUAGACUCAGUUAGUCCAGCAUAUCGAGAAGCUUUUGGAAAUGCAUUACUUCAAAGACUAGAAGCUUUGGAAAGUGAUGGGCAGUCCUGAUUGAAUCUACAACCAAAAAAUGUUGUAACUGAGAAUUUUGAACAGCUUAUACUGAGAACUGGCAAAGGAAUACUUUGUUUAUCUUGCAUUUCUUGCUUUUAAAAUACUUGCUCUACUAGUUGUAAUGGCACUACCUUCGUAACUGAUGUUGUUCUCAGUAAAUAAGUCAAUUUGUUCUCAAAAUUUCAAACAAAGUUAUAGUUCUUGGUUAAUUUUUUUUCAAGUGGUUGAAUAACGUUUCAGUUUUAAUCUGUAUUAAAUCAGUUCUUAAUUUUAGUAAUAACUGCAGUUGACAUUAAAUAUUUGUAACAAGAUAAUGCUUGUUCAAAAUUUGCACAAUAGUGUUUUCCAAGACUAACUAGUUUUAUGAAGAACAGAAAAUUGCCUUGCCAAGCUUAGUAAAAUAGAUUUUUCAUUUACAAUAUUUAUCUCAAAUUUGUUGUGCAUUCUCUAACUCACUAGGAUAUCAUAAUGAAUGCUCUUAAAUUGUAUAAUAAGAUACACUCAUAAACAUUUUAAGUCCAAUACUUAUUAGCAGUAAGAAGCAGUGUUUAUUGUAUGGGUUGCAAACUGAAUACUGAACAGAAGCUGAAUUGUUGGCAUAAUGAAUGUAUUCAUCAGUUGAAAUACAAAUGGUGUAAGCACAAAGAUAAGGAACUAAAAAGUGCAUUCUUCAUAAAGCUCCAUCUUUCUUACAGUUUUUGCUAAAAUGGAAUACAUAUUUACAGUUUAAAUGUUUACAUAAUGUACAGUAUAUUGGAAAGUAUUUUGCACGCCUUAAUAUAUUCCCAGUUACUAAAUAUUUCUAUAUUACCUUUAAGUAUUUUAGCCAUUGUUUUAAAUUAAUGUACAAAAUAUUAACUCAAAACCAAAGAGUCAGGUUGGAUUUGAAUUGAGAGAACAAUUAGGUACCUAAAUAUGAAAUUUGCUAACACUGCUGCUGUAAUGUUUUGUUUUUAAUUUUUACUGCUUACAAAAAGGGCCUGUUUUUAAAUGAAAGUUUAUGUAUAGCAUAGUAGCACUGUGCAGUGAUACAUUUUGCUAUAUAAUGAUAACAUUCCUAUUCUCAGACAGAUGGACUUCAUAGUUUGAAGAACUUAAAUGUCUUGCGCCUUUGAAUCUAUUUGGGUGUUAGAUACCUUAGCUGAGAAUUUAGUCCAGGAAUUUACAUUUUUAAUUGUUAUAAUGCUGUAUUUCAUUUUGUACAUUUGUUUAAAAAUAUGAAGUGCACAAACGAGUACAUAUAUGCUCACAUUUAGAUUUAUAGGAGGAAAUGUACUUUACGUAGCUGACUUUGUUUUCCUUUGUGAAUAACCUAGCCAUGUUUAUUGUUUACUUAUUUAUGUUAGAGGCUGUACAUUUAAAUAAAGGCACACAAAUGAUCUGUACAAUGGGUCUUGUACUCUUAGGACCCCUUCCCACUUUUAAAAAUUGAGCUUUUGUUUGUAUGGGUUAUAUUUAUCAAUAUU